CGGGUUUGCGCGGCGCCUGUGUGCCCCGCCACCUCCUCUGCGCCGUCCCGCGGGCCGGGCAUGGGCGCGGGCGCCGGCACCAUGAGCGUCCUGGGCAGCCCGGUCCGCGCCUACGACUUUCUGCUCAAGUUCCUGCUGGUGGGCGACAGCGACGUGGGCAAGGGCGAGAUCCUGGCGAGCCUGCAGGACGGCGCGGCCGAGUCCCCCUACGGCCACCCGGCGGGCAUCGACUACAAGACCACCACCAUCCUGCUGGACGGGCGGCGGGUGAAGCUGCAGCUCUGGGACACGUCCGGGCAGGGGAGAUUCUGUACCAUCUUCCGCUCCUACUCGCGGGGCGCACAGGGGGUGAUCCUGGUCUACGACAUUGCGAACCGCUGGUCCUUCGAUGGCAUCCACCGCUGGAUUAAGGAGAUCGAUGAGGAGCCGCCCUGAUGCAAGAACCGGCAAGCUCCGGAGCCCGGGCCCUGCACGUGGCCUGGUGGGUUCACGGGCAGCGACCGGGCUGCUGCCUGCUGGCACCCUGACCAGCCCACGGCCCCUGGGGACAUGAAGUGGCGGGGCCACACCCACUGUCUUAGUUUCCUGCUGCUGCUCUAACAGACCCUAAACCAGGCGGCUUAGAGCUGCACAUUUGUUUUCUCACAUUUGGAAGCCAGAAGUCCAAGAGGAAGGUGUGGGCAGGGCCGCGCUCUCUCCUAAAGCCCCGGGGGAGGCUCCUGUCUGUCUCUUCCCGCUUCUGUGGCUGCCGGCAGCCCGGGC